GCCGUGCUCUCCGGUGUCAUACCGAAAUCGUUUUCGCAGAAAGUGGUGACUUGGCUCCUAGACUCUGUAAACGCCGGUCGCAGUGUCUUCUCCAGUACUGAACAUCAGAUAAAUUAUCCAAAGAAUUAAAGGCUAUCUACCAAUAAUUGAAUCAGCAGAGAUAUAAAAGGCAGCAGGCAAAAAAGCUGUGCGAUUUUGAGACUUGUUAAAAAGGUUGAAAAUCGGUUUCCACAAAAGAAAACCACACAGGCAGAAUAUUUAUUUUCAACAAUUCCAUCGUUCAAGUUUAGUAGAAGUUUUAGUAAGAGAACAAAUUGUUUUCCAGUUUUACAUUUCCAGCCGGAUAGGAAAAAAAGUGUUUUUUUAAGUUUUCCAUCAGAAACGGCCAGUUGGUCGAUUCCUUCGAAAAAAGAAAAGUGAAAAUUAAGUGGUGAAUCAUCGGGCACAGACGCAUUGAAGUUGAUCGAACAAAAGUCGAAAAAAUUGUGCACGAAAGGAAAAUUUUCAUUGAUCUGUCUGUGUGUCGAAAGCUGAAAAGAACGGCCAAGAGUUCCUUUUGGGAAAGAAAGAAGAAGUAACAGCAGUGGAAAAAAGUUUCCUUCUUGCUCGUAGUAGUCCGGUUUUGUGGAAAACUGAGGUGUUCCCGAGCGAGAGCAAAUAUUUGUGUGUAGUUCGAUACUCGGAGCGAUAGGGAGAAAGAGAACGAUUUUUCGCAGAUCGACUGAGAGAACAACUGAGCAGGAGAGAAGUAUAGGAGUUUAAGUUGGAAAACGAAGGCACGAGGCUAGUGUGUUAGUGUACUCCGUUGCUUCUGAAAGGUCCUGACGAUACUGUCCGUGCUACGACGGGUGCGGCCAUACUUUGUGCAAGCACGCACCAAUACCAGUCGGUCAGCUGAAGGAUCCGAUCAGUGACAUUUGGGUGAGAAGAUUCGACCAGACAGUUUCGUCUGAGGCAAUUUGUCCUGAAGUUGACCCGUGCGAGCCAAUCCGUGUUCCGGUUCCGUUCUAGUCGGAGAAGUGAUACAAUUUUGCUGAAAAGCGCAAAGGUAUCUGUCAAACUGUCUAACCUAUCUACCAGCGAGAUGUCGGGGGAUCAAAGUGGCCCCGCUGAGUUGAAUGGCACGGGAGGUGCCCCCGGUGGUGGUAGUGGUAGCAAUGGCGUCCAGGCCGACGGUGCCAUGAAUGGUGGUACCAUGAAUGGUGGUGCCAUAAGCCCCGGUGGUGGUGGUGGCAGUGAUGCCGGCGGUGCCGGUGGUCAAAACGCAGUGGACGCUGGCUGCUCCGAUGGGCCGUCCAGCAUCAUCGGCGUUGGGCCACCGAGUCCGCUGACCGGGUGCUAUCUGCUUAUCGUCAUCGGUGAGCCACACUCUCAGGACCACAAGGAUAUUAUACUGCAGCGGCUCGUUAAAGGGUUCCUGUCAUGGGACGUCUUGGAUUGCCACGUCGACCUGGAGGAGGAGUUGCAUGCCAUCACGUUGCAGGCGCUCGAGGGCGAAGAAGGCAAGCACGGUGAACGGUUGAUCCAGUAUGCGAGCGAGAAUCUCGUCACGGAGAUCCUGAUCCAUCCCCAGAUCAACACGUUUAUCCAGUGCAUACGGAAUCUGCUGAGCAGCUUCACCCGACAUCGGCACAUCAUCCACACCGGGUACACUUUUGCCGCCAACGGAUCCUGGGUGCUGCAGGAUGGAACCUUCUCGGUGGUGGACUUCAUGGAGGCAUUCCAAGAGCACGAGGUACAACGGGUCCUGCGCGCCUAUCCGGAAACAAUCACGAUGGACAUCCACUGCGCCCCGGUCGGCAAUUGGGCCUCGAUUCAGGACAAGAGCUUUGCCCGGCUCUGCCGCAUCCGGCUCAAUCCGGUCGAUGUGCUGAGUUCGGGCAGUGACAAGUUGAGCGCGUUCGUGGACUACCUGGCAACGAUGAUCGUACCGACGGAGAUAUCCGAACUGCUGGAAAGCUCGGACGUGGUCGGCAAUAUCCGCUUCAGCCAUCCGACACUGUAUGUCUUCCCCGGAGGGCAGGGUGACGCGGCACUGUUCGGUAUCAAUGGAUUCAAUAUGCUAGUCGACGGUGGCUUUAGCCGAAAAUCUUGCUUCUGGGAUUUUGUUCGCCAUCUGGAUCGGUUGGAUGCUGUGCUGAUGACACGGAUCAACAAUACCAACAUCAAAGGUAUUUCAGCGGUAGUCGAGCGCAAGAAUGAAGCACACGUAUACCCGCAGAUUGGGCACUUCUUCUGUAACAUUCCGGAGCGCAAGGGUCUGCUGAGUCCCGAUGGAGACAAGGACCGAGACCCGCUGCUGGUAGAGCUAAUCGAUGAAGGUCACCAAAUUGUCACCAAUUUAAAAUCCUUGAAUUUGAAAGCACAAAAUUGCUACCGCGAUGCGGAACCCAUUAAUCUGUAUCAUAAAGUUGGUCAUGGUACUCUGGACAUGUACGUGAUUAGUCCUGCGAAAGAUUCAAAGGAAGUUAAAGAAUUCCUCGCCAAAUGGCAUGCUGCUGAUCCCAAACUAUUCACUCCGAAGGAUUCCAAAGAGUUUACAUUCCCAAUUCAAAAUAUCAUUUCAAUCUGCGCCCUGCUAGUGUGGACUCCGGCCAACCCGGAAGACAACAUCACAAGAAUACUCUUCCCGGGAUCCGCACCAGAGUACAAAAUUCUCGAAGGACUGGAAAAAAUGAAAAACGUCGAAUUCAUGCGCCAUCCGGUAUGUGCCGUCAAGUCGAUCGCUCCGAGCAUUUCGACGCAAGCCUUCACCAAGAAAGCACUGAAAUCAUCAUCCAUCGAUAAGAUAAUUCCCGAGCCAAUCCUUCCGUCCAAGGCAACGAAACCAUCUGAGAAGGAUAAUAAGCUUUUAGAGAACAAGAUUAAAAUGAUCGACAACAAACUGGCCGACGCCACCAAGAGUUCCUCGGAAAUCAUAGACAGCUCAGGGGAUGAAGCCAAACUGGAAAAACAUCUGACCAAGUCAUCGGUGGCCGCUGUCGCAGCUGCAAAAGUUGAUGCCAGCAAAAUUAGAGCGGUCAAGACAAAGGCAACCGAAUCCGCCAAAAAGAUCGACAACAAGUCGAUUGAAACAAGUAAAAAAAUUGAACUGGACGAGAAAAAAGAUUCUUCGGACGCCGGUUCCGAAAAAGAUGAAACCGACAAGAAACCAGAAGACGACAAAGAAACAAAAGACGACGAAUCUAAGGAGGGCAAAAAGCAGGAAUCACCCUCUAUCAAAGAGGACACGAAAGCCAUCAAGAAAAUCGGAGAACGAACCAGUCGGCCGGUCACAGCUCGUGCCCGACUUGACUCGAAGCCUCCUAAAAUUACAAAAACUAUCAAGAAAAAGGACGAAACCAACAAGUCCUCUCCAACCACACCGAAAAAGACAAUUGAACCAAAGUUGACCAAUGGAGUAGCGGAAAAGAAGGACGACGAAUCGAAGAAACUAGCCGGUCCUCCGAAAACAACCAAACCCGUUAGUACCAAACCAGGCAAGGUGAGCCCCAAAAGCACUCCGGCUAAGAGCGCCAAAGAUGCCAACAAUCGCAAGGUGCUGGAAGCUCGCCAGCGCCCUGUAUCGAAGCCACCAGCCAAGAAGGAAUCUCCAGCUGCUCCGGAAAAGAAAGAAUCACCGCCAAAGAUCGAGCGCAAACCUCUGUCCCGUCGGCCGAAAGGAACCGCACCUGGUCACGCCGUAGGCGGAAGUCCAGUAAAAGCCAAAAAGGUUCUAAAAUCCGAAAAAGAUGCCGUCAUCCGGAAGGCCAAGCUUGACAAGAAUGGUACAACUGAUUCCAGUCUGGUGUCCACUCCGAGUGCCGAUGAAGCUGGGGUGGCAAUUCAGAAGCGCAUUGUCGAUGCUACAGCCACGGCUGUCACCGCUGGAGAAGGUUCCGGAGUGGAUGCUGUUCAGGAACAGCAGCUGGCGGAGUUGAAGGAAGAACAGGAUGCAGUUCGUGAGAUAGAAGCCGUGUUUAAGCGUGACUCGGAAAAGGUAACACGGCGUGAGCUGUUGUCGGAACAUCGUGAGAUACAGGACAGUGCAACGGAACCGGAGGAAGAGGAGGAAUAUUUGAUCAUUGAGAAAGAGGAGCAGUAUACGGAAGAUUCGAUCAACGAGCCGGAAAGUAGUGCGACUAAGGAAGAAGAGAUUCAGAAGCAUCAGCGAGAUUCGGAGGAAUCGGAGAAACGAAAGCGGGAUAGUUUGGAAGGGGUGGAAAAAGCUGAUCAGGUGAAGGUUGAAGAUGAGGCAGCUACAGUGGUGGAAGUUAUUGAAGGCGACAAGGGUGAAGCCGAAGAAGAAGAAGAAGUUAAGCCAGAGGAUGAGGACACCAAUGUUGAGAAAGAAACCAUCGAAGAGGUGAAAGAGCAAGACGAAGGAACAGAGAAGCUAUCUCCGAAGCAUAAGCAAGAGCUGGCAGAAGAGGUUCAGGAAAUUAUUGCAUCAGCAAAAGAAAUCGCCAAGGAAAAGUCGAAAAUGGAAACGUCGAUGGAUGGGCUGAAGACGGAGGAAAUUUCAUCGAUUAGCCCCGAUGAGAAGAUGAGUAGCACCAAGAAAACAAGUGACACACGUGAUGAGAAUGAACCGGGAGCUGUACCGAAAGAUCACAUCGAACCUCCACAUGAGAGUCACCAUGAAGAACGCGUUUCAGCAACGGGAGAAUCUGGAGCAACUACCACAGCACCUACUCUUCCGGAGGACGAACGCAUUCCACUGGAUGAGAUCAAGGAGGAUCUGGUGAUUGAGGAGAAACAUGUAAAGGAAGAAACCAAGGAGGUGGAAGUAGCUCCACCGCUUCCGACCGUUUACGAACCAUUGGAAAGACCAACUCCAGCAAAGAUGCAAUUCAGCGCACAGCAAGCUCACAUGAGAGACGUUGUUAAAACACCAGAUGAGGUCGCUGAUUUGCCAAUGCACGAGGAAGCUGACUUUGAGGAGUACAGCGAGGACAAAGACAAGGAAGAUGAGAAGGAGCGGGAUACCAAAGAAAAGCCACAGGCGGCGGUGGCUGCGGAAAUGGCACAAAAGAAGGAGACUGAAGUGAAGAAACCAGAAAAGACUGAAAAGAUAGUAACAGAUAAGUCGGCCGAAAGUGAUAAACAAUGUGAUACGGUUAAGGAUGUGCAGGAAGAAGUCGAGGAAAUUGUUGAAAAAGUCGAGGUUGACACCAAGGUAGCUAGACCACCCACACAGGAUACCCAAUCUACACCGGCGAAGGCUAGUGUUGACGAAGCGGAUGUGCUUAAAGAUCUGGAAUCGCAAAUUAUUCCUAAAGAAGCUGAAGUUAAAGAAAAAAUAGAACCAGCUGUGACGGCUGAGAUUCCAGAUGCAAAAUCGGAACUAGUGGAAGCGGAAGAAGAUGCUGAUGAAGACGAUAAGAAAUCUGUUCAGGAAGAGGAGAUUGUUCCAACUAAGAUUGAACCUAAAAUUCCAGUUCCUGCUGAAGAGUCAUCGGUGCUGGAUGAAAUAUGGAAGACACCCGCAAAAGCAGAGGAAAAGUUGGAGGAGCUGAAGCAGAUCAUUGACGAUAAGGCGAAAGAAACCACCUCCGAUCUUGUGGCGGUGAAAGAUGAAAUGGUAAAAGAACUAGUCGAUCGUAAGGAAGAGAUUAUUGAAAAGGUGAAAACGGAAAUUGCCGAUGUGGGUAAGGAGGCAGGAAAAGUUGCCCUGACUUCAGUUGAAGGAGUCGUAGAAGAAAUCGCAGCUAAAGGUGAAGAUAUCAGCAACGAAUUACAGGCUAAAGCUCAGCAAUUGGAUGACAAGGUGGCAGCUGGGGUAGAGUCUGUUAAGACUGACGUCGAACAGGUAGCUGCCAAGGCCGAAGACGUUCUGUCGAAAAUUGCCGAUGAGAAAAAGGAACUGGAGAAGAUGGCUAAAGAUAUCACCGAAGAAGUCACGGAAAAGAUCGAGGAAACGAAAAAACAGUUGGAUGAUGAACUGAGCAAGACAGUGGAACUUGCGCAGGAGAAGACAAAAAGUGGAAUCAGUUCCUUCCUGGGAGGAAUCACCGACGGGAUCAAGUCAGGAAUUGAAAAGAUUGCGGAUAAGAUGGAAACAAAGAUCAAGGAUAAAACGGAUCAGGUGGAGAGUAAACUGCAGCAAGUUACCGAUAAGAUCGAGGAACUGAAGGGUAAGGAAGUUUCUGAGGAAGUUUGUGAAAAGAAAGAGGUUGCAUCGGUACCGGAUCCAGCUGGUGGUUUUGGAAGAAGUUUUACUCAGGAGCUUCGUGAGACUCAUAUCACAACGUUGGACUCCCCAGUUGGUGACGCGGAUAAGCUAGCGGAUAUAAAGACGAUGGUGAAUAUUCCUCAGCACAUCGACGAGGAUAAAGAAUUGGAAGAGAUAGAAGAAUCUAAGCAGGCAGCUGGAUCCUACGUACUAGCGGAGGUGAAGUAUUCUAACUUCGAAGAUGCCAACCUGCGUGACAUCAAGGAGGAAGAAGACGAAGAUCGUGUUACACCACCGCAGAAAGGCGAAAAGAAGUCAAGUACCCCGCAGUUGGAGCCGAUUGUUCAACCAGCUCGUGCAAGGACACCGGAAGAUGUGGCGAAGAUAGUGGCGAAUGUCGCUGAAGUUCUAAAGUCAGACAAAGAUCUGGAGGAGAUCAUUCCUGGAUUUGAUCCCGUAGAACUGGAACGUAAACUGUCGCAGGGAGCCCCCCGGGAUGAGGAUGUCGGUACGGUGCAGCGUAUGUUGGUAACGACCAGCAGCGAAGAUGGUGGCGAAGAAAUUGACAUUUGUCCAGCUGGAACCAUCACGUUCUCGAAAUCUCCAACGCCAGAACCACAAGUUUCCGGUAAAACUACUCCUGAGAUUCGGCUUGACGAACAAGCGGUUGAGCAGACGAAGGUAGCUGAACAGGUGGAUAAGCCACAACUGCCGGAAGUGAAACAGACUGAUAAGACAAGUCCGGCGUCCUCUGGAAAAUCUUCUCCUGAUCUUAAAACAUCGCCAACAUCGAUCGAAGAGAAGGAGAAACAUGAACUCCCGGAAAAGGUGGUAGCUGUUGAAGUGAAGAAAACUCCCGUGAAGGAACCGGAAACCCGGAAGGAAUCUUUGGCAGAGCAGUACGAUUUGAUAGAUGACUCGAGGCGGGAAUCUGCCAUCAGCACUUUUAGCGAACGUGACUACACGAAGGAUGAAAGCUCGAUCGUUGACGAAAGAGAUUCUUCCCGAGCGCAUUCCAUUUCCAGUCAUAUAAGUGAUCUGAAGGAAGACGCAGCCGAUGCUAAAGUGGUUGCCGAUUUUAUUAAAGAAUCCGAUGACGCAGCUAAAACAACUGGCGAUGAGCUGAUCAAGAAAGCGGAUGAUUUGUCUAGUCCUGAGUCGGUUACUAGCCAGAAGACGAUUUCGGAGAAGGUUGAUGAAAAAGUGUCCCAAGCUGGGACUUUGCAGGCUGAGGCUGAGGCCAAAGAGACAUCUAGGCCUGAAUCCGCCGCAUCGCAUGUGAGUGAGAAAGCUUCAUUUGAAAAGUCUGAUGAGAAAACUGCCGCCAAGGAAGCCUCACGGCCUGAAUCCGUCGCUUCUCAUGUCAGCGAAAAGGCAUCCUCCGAAAAGUCCGAAGAUAAACCAGAGGUUAAGGAGGCUUCUCGACCUGAAUCCGCUACUUCUCAUGUCAGCGAAAAGGCUCCUUCGGAUAAGUCUGAAGACAAAACCGCUGCCGCGGGGGCUUCCCGACCAGAAUCUGCUGCUUCCCACGUGAGUGACAAGGCUUCGACUGGCAAGUCUGAAGAUAAACCAGAAGCUUCCCGACCGGAAUCUGCUGCAUCACAUGUAAGUGAAAAGGCUCCCUCGGAAAAGUCUGAGGACAAAACAGCUGUUAAAGAGGCUUCGCGACCAGAAUCCGUCGCUUCUCAUGUCAGCGAAAAAGCAUCAUCUGAAAAGUCCGAAGACAAACCUGGCGCUAAGGAGGCUUCCCGGCCUGAAUCCGUUGCUUCUCAUGUAAGCGAAAAAGCUCCAUCUGAAAAGUCUGAAGAGAAAACUGCCAUCAAGGAUGCCUCUCGACCUGAAUCCGCUGCUUCUCAUGGAAGCGAAAAGGCUCCUUCGGAAAAGAGGGAAGUCGAAAUAGCUGCGAAGGAGGCUUCUCGACCAGAAUCCGCUGCUUCCCACGUGAGUGAGAAGGGCCCGACUGGAAAGUCUGAUGACGAUAAAACAGAGACUAAGGAGGCUUCUCGACCAGAAUCCGCUGCUUCACAUGUAAGUGAAAAGGUUCCUUCGGAAAAGUCUGACGAGAAAACAGAUGCCAAAGAGGGUACUCGGCCAGAAUCCGCUGCUUCCCACGCCAGUAAAAAAGCUCCAACUGAUUCUGCAGAUAAAGUCAAAGAAGCAUCUCGACCAGAAUCCGCCGCUUCACACGUCAGCGAGAAGGCCCCGACUGAUAAGUCCGAAGAUAAACCAGAAUCCAAGGAAGCAUCCCGGCCUGUAUCCGCUGCUUCCCAUGUCAGUGAAAAGGCACCCUCUGAUGACAAGCCUUCAAGACCCGAAUCCGCGGCUCCAGCUGAGUCUGAAGAUAAAACCAAAGAGGCCUCUCGACCCGAGUCUGUUGCUUCGCAUGUGAGCGAGAAGGCUCCAUCUGAUAAAUCGGAAGAGAAACCGGGCGUCAAAGAUUCUUCUCGACCGGAAUCCGUUGCGUCUCAUGUUAGUGAUAAGGCUUCAUCUGACAAGCCAGAAGAAAAACCAGAUACCAAAGAGGCCUCACGACCGGAAUCCGUUGUUUCCCACGUCAGCGAAAAGGACACUAAAGAACCUUCAAGACCCGAAUCCGCUGCUUCUCAUGUGAGUGAGAAGUCUCCUAUUGACAAGUCGGAAGAUAAACCAGCUGCCAAGGAGGCCUCCCGACCAGAGUCCGCUGCUUCACAUGUAAGUGAAAAGGCUUCAUCUGAUAAGUCUGAAGUGAAACCAGAUGCAAAAGAAGAUUCACAACAGUCCCGUCCUGAGUCAGCGGCCAGCCACGCAUCGGAAAAAUUAGAUGAGAAACUAGCGGAACCACAAGACACUUCCAGACCCGUAUCAGCCGCUAGUGACAAGUCGCCGUUGGAAACAAUACUUGAAGCGGCGAAGACUGAAGAACCAACGAAAGAAGCCGAGAAGCUUACGGUAGAAUCUAAAGAACCGUCACGACCUGAAUCAGCAACGAGUAAGGAAUCAGGACCGGAUGGGACGAAAUCUGCAUCAAGACCAGAAUCAGCAGCGAGCGAAAAAGAACCGGGCAUCAAGACAAUUCAGGAUGUGAAAACAGCUGGAUCUGAGACCAAGCCUCUCGCCAAAUCUGAAGUUUCUCGACCAGAAUCGGUUGCUAGUCAUGUCAGUGAAAAGUCUGUCGAUAAAGUAGAUAAAGGUGAAUCUCGUCCCGAAUCAGUCGCUAGUCAUGUCGGCGAGACGGUCAAGGACACUUCAGGUGAAAAAGCUGUAUCGGAGCAGAAAGUCGACGAGUCACGCCCGGAGUCAGCAGCUAGUCAUGUAAGUGAGAAAGAAAAGACAGCUACUUUUGAGAAGACGGACGUCAUCGUCCCCAAAUCUAAGGCAGACGAGAAAGAAACUUCUAGACCGGAGUCUGCAACUAGUCACGUCAGUGAUGCAGCUAAAAAGGACGACAAAACUACAUCGCGACCGGAAUCAGCAGCGAGUCACGCUGAAGAUAAGAAGGAUGCCUCCCGGCCAACAUCUGUCGCCAGUCAUGUCAGCGAACAGGAACCCAGCAAGGUUGAAGCUGAGAAGGAAACUUCACGACCCCUAUCUGUGGCAAGUGAUAAAAGUGCUACAGCAGGGCACGAUGAAAAGAAGGGAUCGCAACCGGAAUCAACUGCCAGCGAUGGAAAGGAUGAUAAGAAGGAAAGCUCUCGUCCGGAAUCAGCGGCCAGUCAUGCCAGUGGGAAGACUUCUGCCAGUGAAGCAAAGCCUACUGAUGUUAUCGUCAAUGGAGACUUUUCGCGUCCCGAGUCACCAGCCAGUUGUUCCAGUGACAAAGUGAUCCCUCCGAAAGAACCGGAGCCCAAAUGUGUGGAAAAAGAUUUGGCGCGUCAAGAUUCUCAUGCCAGCUAUAACGGGGAACCUAUUCCAGACGAAAAGACAUUCUCUCGUCCCGAAUCUCCUGCUAGCUGUGGUGACGAUGAGAAAGAAAUGGCGAAGCUUUCUCCAAUUGCAUCCAAGCAGGCGGAUAAAUCGGAAGAAACUGACAAAAAACAAACAACUGAAAGUGUUGACAAGGAUGUACUAGUUUCCACCGCUAAAUCGACGGACGCUGAAAGUGAUUUCUCACGCCCGGAAUCCCCAGCCAGUUGCGGCGAUGCAUCGGUGCAACCCACAGCUGCAUCCCCCUCGACCGUUCCGGAAAAGGACCUCGCCAGGCAGGAUUCUACUGCUAGCUACCACGGCGAACCAAUACCCGAUGAGAAACAAUUCUCACGUCCAGAUUCCCCGGCAAGUUUCACCGGAGACGAUGCAGCUGGGAAGGAAGAAAAAAUUGACUCCAAAGCAGUUUCACGACCGGAGUCCGUAGUCAGUGGAAAAGAUGCGUCCCGUCCGGAAUCAGCUGCUAGUCACGCAAGCGAAAAAGAUAAACCAACCCAAGUCGACUUGUCCAAAUCACCGGCUGUCGAGGAUAAGCCAAAACCGGACUCGCGCCCAGAGUCAGCGGCUAGUCAUGUGUCCGAGAAAGCUGCCACCAGCGAAUCGCAUUCGCGUCGUGAAUCAGCCGUCAAAGAAGAUCGCCCGUCCUCAGCGCUAAGCGAUCAUGCUGAAGAGCAGGACGAAAAAGUAUUCAAGAAAGAAUCUAGAUCAAAAUCUCUGUCGGCUGUAAUGUCAUCCACGAGUCAGAAGAGCACAUUUGAAGGUAGCGCCCUAGGCGCACUUGAAGAAUUAGCGUCUUCGCGUGACGAUUUGGAAAUCAGAAAGACCCCUCGAGAAAGCAUUACCGCAAUCGAUGACUUUAUUAAAGAGAAGGAAUCGUCGAAGUUGAAACUAUCACUGUUCGGAGAAGACCAAUUCCCAUUGGAAGAAAAACGUGCUUCUAGCGAUUUCCCCAUGUUUGAAAAGGAAGAAGAGAGUCCAGAAGGUAAUGCUGCCAUCCAGCCUGGAAUCGAUCAACUACUGAAGGAAUCGUGUGAUUCAAUGAAAGAGAUUGAAAAGAUGUCAUCCAGCGUUAUCUCAAUGAUCAAAUCAACGGAAGAGAAAGGGGAAUCUAACACAACCGACGGAAAGACGUCCUCAAUUGCCUUCCCUUUCUUCGAGAGUGGAAAAUCAACCCCCCUGUCAACGGAGAAGGAUAAAUCACAAACAUCCAGUAUUAAGUCAGUCAGUCCCCACGAAAAGGACUCACUAGAGGAAAGUUCGACCUCGCUCAAUACCUUCAUCGAAAAGGAUAGUCUUUCGGAAAAUGCAACCAAGCAGAUAACAAUUAAGAUGGGCGCCAUUGAAGAGUCCAGCAUGACGACUACAACGACGACCAGCACGGUCGGUAAAACCGAAAGCUCUGAACUGCUAGGUGGACUCAAAACACCACCGACAGCACCAAUCAGUCCGAAUGUGGUGAAGGAGGAAUUCAGCUUAGGUCAGAUCAACGAAACAACAGCCACAACAACAACAUCGACGACGACCGCCACGUCGUCAAGCCAGAUCGUAAAGCAGCACAAGGAAGAUGCAUCUGGUAUUUCAACACCUAAAGAAUCUGUACCAUCUGGAAAGAGUAGUCCAGGGAUGAUGUCCACUCAUACAGGCAGUACAGAUAGUGCGUCCAAGUCAAUCAACCUCGGCCACAGUUCAGGUAUUGAAACAUCAGACUCAUCUCCGAAGCCAACAUCACCGUUCCCGAAAGUGGUCGACACGCUGAAGACGGACGAAAUUAAGACGAGCUCGGGCAUGAGCACACCGGAUAUGACCCGCACCUCCACCCCGGAUAUGGUUGAUUCACAAAUCGAACGAGUGCCGGACGGAAAGACUAGCACUACUGUUGAAGCCAAGCUCGAUGACAAGAUUGUAAAGACCGAAACCUCUGCUGAAACCAAGAAAGAUGACACUAGCAGCGCUGGUGAUUCCAUGUCCACUUCCAGCGUCACCACCACAACAACAGCCAAAGCAGCUGCAGCAGCAUCAAAGGAAACAGUGAAAACACCGGCGACUCUUACUCUCACAACAACCGAGGAUCGCAGCUUGACCGAAGAAUUCGAUGAGAAGGACGUCCUCUCGCCUCGUUCAGACAUAUCUUCCGGACAAGCCUCACGCAUUGUAGCCGCUUGGCACGACGAAGAUGUUCCUGGUUCACCGAUGAGCGUCACUUCACAGGCUCCUCUCUCACCUAGCACUAAGUACACCUACGAUUACGACCUUCAACACUCAAGCUCGGGUGUUAGCAAGAAAUCGGACAUUGAAAUCGACGACAGCCAGGAUGAAAUUCCUCCCCAAUAUGAUAGUGAAGAAGUCAAAUCUGCAAUCACCAUCGCAUCUGCAUACAAACCGGAUCCGAUGAGCACCUCCUUCUACGGGCAACUUCCGGACGUUUCCGACACGGCCGUUACGAAAUCAGUACCGAUUCCGAUCUCAGCCGGUAAAGCAUUCACAAAGACUUACAUGGAGUAUGCUUCCAGCGGCGACAGCAGUAUAGAUUCCAACCAACACAAGACGUCCAGGGACAGCAAAUACCUCGAUGAUGCCGAUCUUGAUUUCGAAAAGACUUUCACCAAAUCGGAUCAGGUAGAUUUGAUGACUACAUCGAUGCACUUUUCCAGUGAGAAGGAAUUCAUGGCCGCCACUACCGUUGCCGAUGGCAGCAAGAAAGAGUUAGAUUUCACCCCAAGUGGAUUGCCUUCGACCGCCACCACCCUUCCUCAACAAGCACAAACUACUGCAGCAAGUACAGCACAGUCCAGCACUACGACAACUUCCACCGGUAGCACCACCGGCCAGACACAAUCGGACAAAACCAAGGAUACGCUGGCAUCGUGGGGCAAACCGUUAGGACUACCAUCUCCGGCACCGUUGAACGAUGACAACAUGAAGACCACUCCCAAGAAGGAACGCCGAAUGAUCAUCAGCAAGACGCGGCUGAACAACGAGAAGAAUCUACGCAAACGAUCCGAGUCGCCGAUUAAGGCAACGAAGAAACCGGCUCCGGUGUACGUUGACCUGUCGUACGUGCCACAUCACGGCAACUCGUACUACGCCAACGUGGAGUUCUUCAAGCGGGUCCGAGCCCGCUACUACGUAUUCUCCGGAACGGAACCUAGCCGUGAGGUGUACAACGCGCUGCUCGAGGCGAAGCAAACGUGGGAAGAUAAAGAAUUAGAGGUGACUAUCAUUCCAACCUACGACACCGACGUGCUCGGCUACUGGGUUUCGGAGAACGAGGACCUGCUGGCGAAGUACCACAUCGACCUGUCACCGUCGGCCGCUCGCUGCACGAUCAACCUACAGGAUCACGAAACGUCCUGCUCGGCCUAUCGACUCGAGUUCUAGGCAACGGGGAUAUUUGUAGCUUUUUCGAAUGACAUCCACACAGUCCACACCCAGUCCCAGUCCCAGUCGGCAUCGUCCCCGUGCAGCAGCACCGUAGCGUCCGUUCCUGUAGUAACCGUGGCGGUGAAUGCAAGCGAGACUAAAUUGUCCUAGAUUGGUCGAAAAAAAAACUGAACAACACCUUACAGGGCAAAGCAUAUUAUUGUAGUACUUAUCAUACUGUUAUGUUCCAAAUCGUUAGGAACCCAUAGGGUCUCUGGUAAAUAGUGACUGAGUUUCUCUUUCUGGUAGCUAGAAAGAGUGAUUUGGAUUUUUCUAUGCAUGAAACUAUUCGUUUAUAACAACCCAACAUAUUCUAAUUUAUGUUCAGUAUACAGAAACAUAUACUAUAUUCUAAUAGCCGAUAGUUAGUUUAGUAAUUACAACUAGCCUAAACAAGGAAAUCACUUAGGAGAAGACAAUGAAAAUGAGCUUAAUGAUCACUCUGAGAAUCAGACUAUUGAAGAAAAAAAACCUUUGAGAAAGGCGUAACGGAAACAACGGAAUAUCAUCUCUGAGAAUAAUUGCAAACCCGAGUCUAAGAGCAAACAUAAACAAGCCAAAAAAACAUCCAACUAGUCGACCGAAGGAAAGACAUUACUACUACAAUUACUACUAGAGUACUGUUACUACUAGCAGAAAACAUUUAGGAUCUAAUUCAUACCAGUACCUAUAAAUGCGAAAUCAAGAAUUUGAGUAAUCACAACUUAUUAAUUCAAUUCUCCCUCAGAUGCUAGAGUCAGGUAGAUAGCGUUGUGAUAUUGUUUUUAGGAGAACAAAAAAAAGGUUAAGCUACGGUAUUAAAAACAAAUUUAAACCUUUCCGAGCAUAGAUCGCAUUACAAAUUCAAAGAAAUUAUCAACAAAAAUGAGUCGGUAAACAAAAAAAGUUACUUCAUUCCAAUCUGCGCAAAUCGCCCUGUUCGGAUUUCCUUAUAAGGCCUACUUCGAUGACACGUGGCCGUAGCUGUUAUCUUGAAUAGGAUACGUGUUUACCGAUCGUGUUUUUUCCAGCAAAUCAGAACAUUACUUGAACACAAACAUGAAGAGCAAGCUAGUGCUCUCGCAACGGAACCAUCUUUUGACCGACCCUAUCUCCAUGUGAAACUUUAGCGCUGAGCAGCGAGAUUUCAGGCAACUUCCGUCUAAAGUAUUUGUCGAAUACACACAUACACACACACAACCACACGCCAUAUUUUAGAGAGCACUUUAAACGUUUUGACAUGUGUAAAACCCGAAACCGACGCCAUUUUGGAUGAAUUUUUACAACAAUCAAUAUAGGAAAUUAUUAGCGAGAAAUAAUAUGCUUGUUCAAGAAAUGAAAAUCACAAAUCUCGCUGCUCGCCGCGAGAGAAUAAUUUUAUCCUUCUUUCCCCCCCACAAACGGUCAACGUGUGGUUUGUGUCACGAGGGUAUUCUAGAAAUUCUUAUUAAACUAUUACAGCAAAUAUAAUAAACAAAAUAUAUAUAUUUACGAUUGUUGAACCUAUUGACUCGUUGGCCCGAUUAAUGACAUGACGCACGAUAGAUGGCGGAUUCGUAUAUUUUUAUAUACACUGAAUAUUCUUACAAAAUGUUCGAGAUGGAGCAACCCUCCGGAAAACUGGACCUUUACUUCCGGUAGGAGCGCGUGCUGCGGUAGCGGUUAGACUGGAACCUUGGAAGUUGAACAGAUGUUUAUUACAAAGGACUCUUUACUAUCUGCUAAUAUAAAAAAAAAAUAUUAUAAAAAUGCAUAAAAAACAGCCCAAUUGAAUAAUAAAUAGAAAAUUUUUCUUUAGAUUUUUUCCUUUUACUAUAAAACAACAAAAAAUCUUCACUCUGUAACUUUUAUUAUGGACGUUUUACGGUAAGAAACCAUCUCCAAAACGAAAGAAACCAUUUACCUAAUAAAAUAAAAAUAAUUUCAUCCCGUGUAAGUAAUAAAACCUCACUGCUGGAAUAUUCCACUUAAUUAUACAUUGAAUUUAAGUUAAGCCUUGCUGAAAUCUUCCUUCUUUUGACCCAUUGUAAUUUAUCGUUCCCACAUUUAGCAUUGGUUCGACCUGCUAUCAGUUUACUUCAACGCGAGUGACAGAGAAGUUUCUUAGAGUAACAGAACAAAGUUAUUCUCGAUCAAAUAUUACACAAAAACACGCAGUUGAUUGAUACUAAAACCAGAAUCUUAGAAACUAAAAUUAAAUUAGAGAUGUUUACGCCAGCUAAAAAAAAGUGUUAAUUAUUAAGACAAACAUUCAGUAAGUAACAAAGCAAAUUAAACCACAAAACGUCAGCGAAAACUGGGACAGAAAAGUGAUUGUUGAAAGACAUUUGACAAUUUUUUAUAUGCGAUUUUAAGCUUUUAUAGUAGUGAUUACGACCACUAUUGAGAGAGGCAUACACAAAAGAAAGGCAGAGCUAAUCGAAUCGAGUCAAACCAUAUGUCGAAAGAGGGUCUACGCAUUCUUCAGGCGCACGAGUUUAUUGAGUAAAUAGAGACCCUACGGCUACGGUGGUAAUACAGUACAGCAAAGUGCUAGAAACGGAAAACAAGAUUCUUAUUUUCGUUAAUGUCUGAGUAAACUAUACAAAUUUGUUUAUCGGUUCAUCCUAGAUGAUACCGGUUCUAGGCAAGCUUUUGGCUACGCUUUGUUUGUUUUGAUUAGGUUGAACGUGAAAGUGUCAAACACGCUUAGAGUGGAAUAAGCACUAUAGAUGUAAAAAUCCAACGAAUCGAUCGGCUCUCUUGCUACGCUAAGACCGACCAAGAAAGUUCGAGCAAUGGACACCAGUAAUAGGAAGACAGUGCAGUGCUAGUAGCAAAAUGCCGGAAAUGCCUUUUCUAGGGAAAACAAAUAUUCAAAAACCUACGGCAGACAGUGUCGCAUAAUAAAGCAGAAGAUGAAUGUUGUGAUGAAUAGGAAAACAAAGGAAUAAUAAAAAGUAAAAAUAUAAUAUGGCUUAAGCAUUCAGUGCGUAUGUGAAAGACUUAUCGGAUGUCGUGUUUUACCUAAAAUGUUCGGUUGAAAAUCAUUUCCUAUUACGCAAAAUAGAAUUGUAGCCGUUUUUUUCCUACGUUGCAAGCAAGUAUGCAAUAAGUUUAUUUAUUGUUUGGUUCGAGAAAAGGACUAAGAGAGAAGACUAAAGCGAAAAUGAUAUUAGAUUAAACAAAGUUACAAGCAACUUUUUUGAAGAAAGACACACAUAGAACGACACAUUGAAUGUACUAAAAAAAAUUGAAAAUAAUAUUACUAUAAAAAAUGUAAACUGUAUUAUGAUUAUGGCAGUAAAAAAAAUCAAAUAAACACUAUUUUAGCUUCAUCUAGUCAGUUGAUUAAAUGUUUCGUCAGUUCAGAAUUCCUUAAACCCCGCAUCUAGUUGAUAAAACUGAAACGUAUUGCAUUCCCCCGCGCGGAGUCCCUAUGUUGGUUGGUAAUGAAACACUUGAAGCUAAACCGAAGCGCAGAUGAGUCAUGUCAUACGAUUUCACAACAGCACUCAUGAGAUUUCCGUUGAAUGAAUUCUAAUAGCACAGGUCAUGCAAAAAACAAAAAAAAACAAAA